AUGAGUUUGACUACAGUUGUAUCGGGUGUGGCCGGCGUUGCCGCCAUAGCCACCACCUUCAGCAUCAUCAUUGUCGGCUAUCUAAUCAACGACAUUAACAACUUCUAUGACGAUGCUAUUGAGGAGCUCGCCGAUUUCAAGGACAUGGCCAACUCUGCCUGGCACGAAAUGAGACCAGCUCCACAGGAUCCGUUCCGUCAUGCACGUUCAAUUGCACGCCAACGUCGUCAGCCUUAUCCAGCUCACUGCAACUGUGGCCCACAGGCCGCCGGUUGCCCGGUUGGACCACCAGGACCUCCCGGACCUCCAGGAUUGCCUGGAGAACCAGGAGUUCCAGGACAGGCCGGCAAGAAAGGAAAUGAUGGAAUAGCAAUCUCAGGUGGGGGAGGAGCAGGAGGUUGUGUCAAAUGCCCGGUUGGUCCCGCUGGACCACCUGGACCAGAUGGACCUCCAGGACCUCCUGGACCCGAUGGAAUGCCUGGAGCCGGAGUCUCUGCACCAGGAGUUGGAAUGCCUGGACCUCCAGGACCACCAGGAGACGCUGGAGCACCAGGAGCACCAGGAGAACCUGGAGCACCAGGAAUGCCUGGAGCAGACGGCAAGAAAGGAAUGGGACUACCAGGACCUGCUGGUGCACCAGGACCACAGGGACCGCCUGGACCUCCCGGACCCGAUGGCCAAGCAGGAGGAGCGGCUGCUGCUGGACCACCAGGACCUCAAGGACCUCCAGGACAGCCCGGACCACCUGGACCAGAUGGUACACCAGGACAGCCAGGUGCCGAAGGACAACCUGGUGCUGAUGCCGCUUACUGUCCAUGUCCUGCUAGAAGUACGGUGUUGGCGCUAAGGAAGAGUGUGGCAGUGGAGUCAUACUCAGCCACCGAACCAGGAAAGGAUAGUCACAAGCACAGCGCUAAAGCAAGAGCCCGGGUGUGA